AUGGUAAGACAUUUCGGGACUCUAACGCGGCAGGUUCCAAUCCAAGCCUAUCGACUGCCUUUCUCGGUCCCCUCCCGCUACUGCCGUCCCGCUUUCCGUAAUCUCGGUUUCUUCACGCCCAUCCUCCACUUGCCGCAUACGAUUUCCCCCGUUUCGAGCCAACUUAAUACCCGCUUUCCCCCGCUACCUGCCGUCACGCUAUUCCUAACCAUAGCUGUCGCUGUCGCGCUCUCGUCUCCCGCUCCCAUUCCUCCUUGCAGCUUCACCCCUCUUCUCCCGCUUCCAAUCCCCUCUCCUGCCCUACCCUUUGUCAUCAGGCCAAUCUGUGCACAACCGGGGGAAGACAGCUGCAGAAGACCUACCCUUUUCCCACCUUUCCCCACCUUUCCCCAGCUUUCCCCCCCAUUUCCCCCUUUCCCUCCCCACCUCUCCCCCCCACCCCAGUCCUCGUCCUUCAACAGGUCGCCAGGCCAGUCCGUGCACAACCGGGGGAAGACAGCAGGGUCAGGCGGAGCAAGCGGAGGGGUUGCUGCUGCUGCUGCUGCUGCUCCUGAAGCAUGGUUGCCCGAGAGUGCAGUUUCCAGUGGUGCCCCGACCGCCUCUCCUGCAAGUGCUGGAGUUCCCAGGGGUGCUGCUACUGCUGAAGGCAACGGGCGCUCUGGUGUUGGGAGCGGUGAUAUUGGGAGUUGUGCAGGGGUGGGGUUAGAGGGAAGACGAGAGGUGACAGACCGAGGGGGGUUGAGAGGCCAAGACUCGCUGCCACUGCUUCCCAAGCGCCUUCACUUUGACCAGCUAGUCGGAGAAGCCGUUGAGGAGGAGGAGGUGCAGAGCGUGUAUCGCAGCAUGGGACAUGCUGGUGCUGACGGUGCACUUGCUGGCAAUCUCACCCCCUGCCUCCCCAUCGUCAUUCACUCUCCUCCACCCACUGACAGCUUUGGUGGCAUCCUCACCACGUUCCUCACCACGUUCCUCACCACGUUCCUCACCACGUUCCUCACCACGCUCCCCUCUGUUUUUGUUGGCGGCAUCCUCACCACCUUCCCCGUCAUCUGUCCCCUCCACCCUCCCUUCUCCCACCGCUACCCCCCUCCUCCUCGUCUCCUGCCCGUGUCACUCCCCUUCCUCCUGCACUCCCUCAUCACGCUCCUCCUCUCCCUUCAAACUGUCUUCAACUUCCUCUGCUCCGCUUUCUUCCCGGCCGGCCCAGUCACUCGUGUUGCUUUCGGCUCUGCAGACAUGCCAACUGUAUCAGCAGGUUCGUUUGACGGCUGGCAGUUGUGCCGCCGCUGCGACCCGCCCCGAGCCAAGCCUCCCGGUGCGCACCACUGCAGCAGCUGCGGCACGUGCGUGAUGGACAUGGACCAUCACUGCCCCUUCGUGAGUACCAUGUGCCUCCUGAGCAUCACCACCAGCUUCCGCAUCGGCAUCAUCAUCGGCAUCAUCAUCGGCAUCAUCAUUCGCAUCAGCAACACCAUCGUCAUCAGCACCUCUGCAGCAGCUGUGGCACGUGCAUUCUGA